AUGUUCGCUUCGACGUCACAAAGAAAUGAUGAUGGUUGGCGGGCGUCUUACAAUAUCUCGUUACUUAUAGCAAAAUUCGGAAAACCACAUACUAUCGGAGAGAAGUUAAUUUUGCCAGCCGUUGAACAGGUUUUAAAAACUGUUUUACACAAACCUGCACCUGAUAUCAUUAAAAGAAUUCCCUUAAGCAAUAAUACUGUUGAAAGACGUAUUGAUGAAAUGAGUUCUGAUAUUGAAAGCUUCUUAUGUAAUUAUUUGCAAACGACCCAUUUCUCUAUACAACUGGACAAGUCAACUUUACCUGAUAAUGCAGCGUUAUUAUUGGCAUAUGUUCGUUUUAUUAUGAAUCAAGAAAUCUACGAAGAAAUGCUCUUCGCAAGAACUUUGAUAACCGACAUUAAAGCGUUUCUUGCCAGAGUUAAACUAAUGAAGCAAAAUAUUGGACUGGGCGAAUUUUCUCAGUUCCCCAAUUUGAAACAGACAAGCUGCCAGGAAGACGACGUUUCAACUUACGUUCAACAUUUAAAUGCCCUCUAUUCAGAUUUUGAAUCUAGGUUUGAGGAUAUUUUGACUAUGGUAAUACCACCGUGGAUAAUUAAUCCAUAUGGUGACAUAGAAGAAACGAAUGUCAUAAUACAAGAGGAACUGACUGAACUAAGUACACACGAAGAACUUAAGGUUCAGUUUAAAAACGGAUAUCAGCAAUUCUGGCUGCAAAACAACAUACCCGUUACUUAUCCCGUAUUAUGGAAUAUAGCGAGGACAUUUUUAAUUUCCUUUCCAUCGUCAUACCUAGUGGAAAGGGGGUUCAGCGCUGUUACCAAUCUCCUAACGAAAAAAAGAAACAGACUGGACAUCAUUAGCCGAGGAGAUUUAAGAUUAACCCUUACAAAAUUGACGCCAAAUGUUGAUAAUUUAUUAUUAAAGCAUCAGGUUCAUCCUUCUCACUAA